CUGAAACGGGUGCGAGGCGGCGGAGAGGAUGCCGAGCAUUCCUGAUCUCGUCUCUCUGAACCUUGGCCGUCCUCUUGUGCAGAACGCCGGCGUCCGAUUGUUGAGCGCUGCUGGUGAGACGAGCCGAGCUCUACUUCAGCGGAGGGUAUUUGGGGUUUUAAUAGCUUCUCUGCGCCACUCGUGGAGGGGAACAGGUGUUCUGGUUGUGGGGAGGGUCGGCCCAGAGGACAGUGAAGUGGCCCAAUUAUAAAAACCCAUACAGCGGGUUGAGGACAAGGGGACAACACAACAGCUCUAAGAGGAUUUAACGGGUUCUACCUGUGUUUACAGCGCAGGUCGACUCAGGCUUCACAUAUCAGUCAUUAAGAACAGCGACAAUUAGAGUAAAAGGUUCUGCUGCUGAAGACUGGAUGUGACUAAAAUGUGCCACCGAUGAUCAAAAACAGCGUCUUGUAAAUAAGCCUCCGCUAUAAUGAUGGUGUCAGCUGGAGAUCAGGCUCAUGUAAACAGCCCCAUGAAACAACCCUCCGACUGCAGAGAUCUCAGCGUGCGGUCGACGCUGUGACUUAAAGGAAGCGGUUCUGAGGCCGUUGGUCGCUGCCAGUGACCUCUGACCUCCAGUAGCAUCCAACAGGCUGCAAACCAGUUGACCCUUGACCUCGUACGGGUUUUGGAGCUUCGUAGCGUUGCAUUCCACCCAUUAGUGGCUUUGGUUUGUUAUUUUAAUCGCUGGCAGCAGGUGCUCAUGCGGUUUAAAAUGUCAUCACGAAUCCAAAGGCUUUUAAUCCACAUUUGCUGCUUGACGUUCGCAUUUUGUCAUUAUGAAAAAAAAAUUAAGUCAGAUGUUUAGUGUAAAGUUUACAAAGUGGGUUCAUUUACUGAAUGGACUCAAUCCAAAUUUAACCACAUGAAAGGACUGUGUGAAAAGACAGUAAGUGGAGCUUUCAGGCAGAAUGACUGAGCUGCGCUGCUUCAAGGUCAAGUGUGCUCCACGGAGGAGCUCCACGGAGGAGCUCCACGGAGGAGCCGGACGCUCGGGGGAGCGAGGACGCCCAGGAGGCUCCAAGCCCUCAAAACCUGCACGUUGGCCCCAAACGCACAGAAAUGGGACGGAUUCCAGCUUCGGGAGCACAAAACACCGUGAAACAAAAUGUGAAGCCACAGCACUUGAAUGACUGUCAAGUGUCAUGAAGGAAACCAGAAGGAAGAAGGUUUGCGCCGUGAACGCCCGCGGUGUUAAAUGGUUUCCAGUUCGUUUAAAGGCCAGUGAGCGGAGGUGGAGCUGCGCCUGUGAUUGGCGGAGCUGCGGGCGUCAGGCUGGGGGUGAGGCGGCGGCGGCUGGAGGGGGUUCCCUGUGCGCCCUGCUGCGGUCCAGUGCGUAAAGAGCGCAGAGCGGAGCGGUGCGGUGCGUGCGGUGCGUGCGGCGCGUGUCACGCUCAGGAUUACUGCCUCCUCCCGCGUCUCCGAGCAGAGCUGCCCUCUAAAUGAAGCUUGGCUCCUCUCCGUGAUUGCUUCGCCAUGAGCUGCUUGGAUGUGAUGUACCAGGUGUUUGGUCCUCAGACGUACUUCAGCUCCUACAGCCCCUAUCACCACCAGCUGGCUCUGUACUCCAAAAUGCAGGAGCCCCAGGACUGCGUGAGCCGGCUCGGCCCCCCGGGGCCCCCGGGGGCCCCCGCCAUCAAAGAGGAGGACAAGGAGCUGCCGCCGGGGGCCGAGUACCUGAGCUCCCGCUGCGUCCUCUUCACCUACUUCCAGGGCGACAUCAGCGCGGUGGUGGACGAGCACUUCAGCCGAGCGCUGAGCCAGAGCAGCGCGUACGCCGGCGCCAGCGGCCACAAGAGCUCCAGAGAGCCCUCGUUCCCGAUGAGCCAGAGGAGCUUCCCUCCGUCGUUCUGGAACAGCUCCUACCAGCCGUCGGCCUCCUCGGCGCUGGGCGGCGCCCUCUCCGCCCCCCACGCAGAGCUCUCCUUCCCCGGGGACGCGUACGCCCCCGCCUCCCUGCACAGCCACCUGCACCAGUCCAGCCCGGACCCCUGGCACCCGUCCCACCACCACCACCACCACCACCACCACCCCUACUCGCUAGGGGGCGCUCUGGGCGCCCAGGCCUCGCCGUACCCGCGCCCGGGGGUUCACGACAUGUACGGCGCCGCCUUCGACCCGCGCUACGGCUCGCUGCUGGUGCCGUCGGUGAGGCCCCACCACCGCCUGGCGGCCGGCGGCUCGGUCGCGGGGCCGAGCGCGUCGCCCUGCGACCUCGGGGGCAAGGGCGAGUCGGCGGCGGCCUCGGCCUGGAGCGGCGCUUUUGCUGGAGCGGGAGCAGAGAUUGGACUCAAUAUGGAGACAGGUCUGCAGACACAGGACAAGAGCAAGGACCUGUACUGGUUUUAGACCCCCCCCCCUCCUGCUGCUGUGGUGCUGAGCUCCUCUGCAGCAGCAGCGGAUCCGACGGCGCACGGUGGAAACGACGGCGAGUGGGAAACGAGGACAAAGAGCAGUCUCUGUGCUGCUGUCACUGGCACAGGCAACAUUCCUAAAGUGGGAAACCUGGGGACAGACGGACAGAGACACGUGUGGUGGAGCUGGAAGGGCUUGGCCGGACUGGGCUCACUGGGACAACUGGGCUGCUACACUGGGAGUGUUAUGGCUGCAGGAGCCCACGUUUUGGUUUAAAGGAGGAAACGGAACAGACUGAACGUGAGAGUUUAAAAUCACCAUUUUAGGUGAAAAGUAUUUAACUGGUGUCACAGCUCCAGUAAACCAGUAAAAAUCG